GCCACACUCAUGAACUCACCUCCUGUUGUUCUCUUUGGAACACCCUUCUACAGCACAGACCCUGGAUCGUCAUGGUCUAUGGAAUGUGGGCCUGCUGGUGUGUGCUGGGAGCUCCAGGCGUGGCCAUGGUCUUUCUCCACACCACCAUCGCCUUCUGCGUGGCCCAGUUCCGGUCAAUGCUCCUGUCCUGGCUGUGUUCUCUCCUCCUGCUCUCCACCCUGAGGCUGCAGAGUGUGGAGGAAGUUAAGAGGAAGUGGUACAAGACAGAAAAUGAGUACUACCUGCUACAGUUCACCCUGACUGUUCGCUGCCUGUACUACACCAGCUUCAGCCUGGAGCUGUGCCGGCAGCCUCCGUCUGCCCAGCGCACCUCCUAUUCCUUCCCGUGGUUGCUGGCCUUUGUCUUCUAUUAUCCCGUCUUCCACAAUGGGCCCAUCAUCAACUUCCCAGAGUUCUUCAAACAGAUGCAGCAGCCAGAGCCUGGCUCUCCGAAGCAUAGCCUGGCCAUGCUAGCCAGGGGCCUGGGCCGCCUGCUGUGCUGGUGGUGGCUGGCUGAACUGAUGGUCCACCUCAUGUACAUGCACGCCCUCUACAACAGCAGCCCCCUCCUGGAGAGCGCUUCCUGCUGGACCUUAGGAGGACUGGCCCUGGCCCAGGUACUCUUCUUCUAUGUGAAAUACUUGGUGCUCUUUGGUGUUCCCGCUCUCCUCAUGCACCUGGAUGGACUCACACCGCCGCCCCUUCCCCGCUGUGUGAGCACCAUGUUCAGCUUUACUGGGAUGUGGAGGUAUUUCGAUGUUGGACUACACAGUUUCUUAAUCAGAACUGUUUGCUGGUUCCAGCAAGCUCCAGAGGUGUUCACUGCGAUGCUCAGUGUUGGCAUAAAAGAAAGUGCAGCCCGCCUGAUUAGUCAGCUGUGGCUUUGACGUGGAUGGUGAGGUGUUGCCUUCCCUGGAGCGAUGUGUUUCCCUGGAGCCUACUCUGUGAUCUCAAAGCUGAAGGAUGAGCUUCCUUGUCGAUGCAAGUGUGUGCAGCACAGGGCUCAGGCAGGAAGGGGCAGUCUCAUGGGAGACGUGAGUAUUUUCAUCUGGUGUUUUAUGACGACUGCAAGAAAGCAGUGGGCUCCAUCCUUCUUCGUCUUACAAAAGUCAAAGGCCUUCUUGAGGCAGAAGCAGCCACUCAUCAGAGAACCCCAGAAGACACUGGCUGGAAUUUUUCAUGUGGCACUACAAAAGAAAAAGGGAAAAUGACCAGCUUGGCAAAAAAAAAAUCAUA